AUGAAAAAACAAUUUUCAAACCGAAAGUGGAAUAGAAUAUUGAAAACCCCAAAAGAAUAUAUAAAUAACUUAUUUAUGAAAAGGAUCCAUAUCAUAAAAUAUAAAAAAAUAGAUAAAAAAGCAACAUACAAAAUACCCAUUAUUCUUAAAAAUCAUUCUACAAUUAAUUCUCAGUGUUAUAAUUUAUUUAAUAACAAUCUAGUUUUUGAAAAUUCCAAUUUUAUUAAUAAUAAAAAAUACAAUAAACUGGUUAACCCAAAAAGGUUAUCUACACAUGUCAAUAUAUGGGAUAGUAACCCUAUUUUAGAAAUAAAUAAGAAAGAAAAAAUGUGUAAAGAAAAUGAACAUAUUAAUAUUGAAAAAAAUAAAUCUAAAAUCUAUAAUAAAUAUUUUUUUGAAACUCAAUUUCAUGAAUCCAAUACAUCUGAAAUGCCUUCGCUGCCACUUCAAAGACCCUCUAUCUUUCCAAAUUUAAUCAUAUAUCCAUUUAUAAAACUGUUCAAUUUUUCCAAAAAAAAAAAAAUUAAUUCCAUUUCCACGCUUACAAAAAGCAUAAUACAAAAAACAGAUAAAACUAAUUUUGAAAUACAAAAAAGUAAUAAAAAAAAUAAUCAUAUUAUAAAAACGACCAAUAAUAUUUCAAAAAAUGAAUAUAACAUAGAAAAAGACAAAAAUAAGUAUGAUAAAAUUGGCACUAAAAAUAUUGAAGAAAAACAAAAAAAAAAUCAUAUAAAUUGUAAUAUACAUAAUUAUGUUUACUCGAAAAAUAGUAAGAAUGCAAAUAGGAUAUAUCAAAGUGAGAAAGAAAAUUAUGAAAAUGAUAACAAAAACAAUGAAACACAUCAUCAUAUAGUGAACAAUAUAUCUUCAUUUAGUCAAAAAAAAUACAAUAUAAAAAUAAGUAACAAACAAGUAAAGAGAAAAUAUGAUGAAAUCAAUAUUAAAAAUUUGAUACUAAAAAAAGAAAAAACAUGGGAUAAAUAUAUUAUAGAUGAUAUAAUACCAUUAACAGAAUAUACACCCAUGCAUAUUUUCCAUAAUUGUAGAUUUACAAAAUACAAUUAUUUAUAUAUUCAAAAAUAUGCACAAAUUUAUAAAAAUAAAAUCAAGUACACAAAAAAAGAAAUUCAGCAUGCAUUAAAUUUCAAGCCCAAUAAAAAACGAAAAAUAUAUGAUCAAUGCUACAACAUACCGAUAAUGAAAAUAGCUAAGAUUAAUACAAAACGAGAUACUCGAAAAAAAAAAAAUAAUAAUAAUAAAAUCUCAACUUAUUCAAAAAAAUAUUGUUAUAAAAACAUAUAUAAAUAUAAUAAAACCCCCAAAAUAACCACACAUUAUAAUGGAAAAUAUCGUUUGUAUAAAAAUAUUAUAACCCCACCUGUCUAUUCGUGUCUAAACAAUUUCUCCACUAUUUGCAACAAUCAAAAUUAUAAUUGUAACCAAAAAAUUGAUUUCAGAAUACCACAAAAGAAGAAAUUCGAUUUCAUAAAAGAAGAGAAAACACAAAUUUUAAGUAAAAAAAUCAUAACCCCUUUAAAAGGGAAAAUACAAAAUAUCCCAAAAGUUCAUAAUGACCAUUUGAAAAAGACAAAUUUUAAUAAGCAAACACUAGAAGCCAAAAAAAAAAAAAAAAAACUCACUGCUAAUAAAAAAAAAAUCAAUAACUUCAAUAUUGAUAAUACACCUUGUGAAUAUUUGUCGAAUCAAAAAAUGAAAACACAUCAAAGAAAAAAAAAACAUAAUUUACAAGAAUUAAAAAUAACACAGAAAGGUAAAUAUAUAAAUUCUAAAUGUCUCACAAAUAAUGAAACCAAUUUAUAUAACUAUUGUUUCACUGAAAUGUCAACUAAAAAAAUAGAUAACCAUAUAAAAAAAAAUAAUAGACAGCCAUUAAUUAGUUCGUUUAAUAAUAAAUUUGAAACCAGUCGAAUAAAUACUAAAUCUCCAUUUUGCAAAACAAAGAAGGAAGUAAAAAUCCCUUUAAAACAAACAAACAAAAUAAAGAAUAUUAAUAAAAUAAGAAAUAAUAACAAAAAAAAUCAUGUAUCAUCUAGUAUUCAAAAUAAAAAUGAAAAAUACAAUGAUGAUAUCAAUAUAAAUCUACAACAACGCUCCACCGAAUAUAUUAAUAGCAUAAUGAAGAAAAUAUCAAUUCAAAAAAAACGAAAUAAAUCAAAUACGAUAAUUGAUGAUCACGUAAUUCAAACAAAUAAAAUGGACGAUAAAAAUACGAAAGAGGAAGCAAACAAAUCGAAGGAAGUAAAUACAAAUAAUAUAAUUACUUCUACGCAUAAAAAUGACAAUAAUAAAAAAACAAAUAUUCAAUUAGAUUGUUAUAAAAAAAAUGAAAUUGACUUGAAAAUUAUGAAACUAAACAUAAAAAGAUAUAAAGAUAUAAUAAAAGGUCAUACUAACCCCAAUACUGUAAAUAAUAAUAGUUUCAAAAAAAAAGACAUAAAAAGUAAUAGUGUAAAAACAGAAUAUGCUAGUUCAAUAUCUUCACCAGUAAGUAAUUAUAGUGAAGACAUUAAUCAGAUAAGAAAAAAUAACACAAAUAAUAAAUUGUUAGAAAUAGACAAAAAUAAAAUAAUAAGCCAAGAAAGUAUGUUAUAUGGACUGAUAAAUAAAAACGAUAAUAAAAAUCGAUUGAAAAAAUUUAUCGAAGAUUCUGAAAAAAACGAAAAUCAAAUAAAACAAAGUAAGUAUAAAAUUGAAAAUAAUAAUGAUCCCACUUUUUUUUCCCAUAAAAAUAAUGUAAUAAAUAAUGUUUCAAUUACUCAUUGUAAGAGCAAGAUAAAAAAUGAUCUGCCAAGCAAAACACAAAAAAAAAAUAAUUAUAAUCAUAUUGAUUAUAAUCCCAACAAAACAAGCUUUAUUGAAAAAAAUAUUAAUUAUUGGAAUAAAAAAAAAAAAACACACACCAAAAAUUUACCAAAAAUAAAUACAUCAAAUUUAAUGUCUUCUACCAAAAUAAAAAGUGAAGAAAGUCUACUUUAUGAACUUAUAAACACAAAUGAUAAUAAAAAUAAGUUAAAACAAAUUAUCGAAAAUUCGGAAAAAAUUAAAGACAAUGAAUUAGAUAAAUACCAUGAACCUAAUUAUUAUCCCAUAAAAAAUAUGCCACAAGAAAAUAGACAUAUUCUUAUACAAAAACCAGAAACAAAACACCUUCACAACGAUACUGAUAUAAUUAUUGAAACAGAACCAAUUCAAAAAAACACCGAAAUAAAACAAACAGAAUUUGUUUUUCCAUAUAAUAAUCUCCAAAAAACAAAUGAACAAAAAAUAACUCACAAAGAUCAUACUAGUUAUCAUGAUAAUCUUCUUUAUCAAUUAAUUAACAAAAGUACCAACCGAAUUAAACUUCAAGAUUUUAUUCAAGAAGAUAUAAAAUAUGGGCAAUCUAAAAAUCAAGAUAUAAUAAAAAAAAAUCUCAAUGUUACCCAACCCAUAAAAUAUACUCAUAUAAAUAACACACAAACAAUUCAAAACAAUGAGCUAUAUGAUAAACAUUCUGAAAAUGUAGAAUUAAACAAAAAUAUGUCAAAAGAAAAAAACAUGAAAAAAGAUACUGUCUCCAAAAAAUAUAUAAAUUAUGGAAAAUCAUCUAAAUAUUCUAUGAAAAAAACAAUAAAUUGUGAAAAGGCAUUAUUAAAUUUAGCAAAAAAACAAAUAUGUUACAAAAAUCUUUUCUCAUAUAAAAAUCUACAUAGCCAGUCCAACUAUUCUAUUAAAAAAAUGGCUAUCAAAACAGAUAGCAUUUAUAAAAAUAGAAUUAAUAAUAAUAGCAGUAAUAAUGAUAAAAAAAUCGAAUUUCUUAAUUCCAAAAAUGGAAAUAAAAUAAUAUCAAAAGGCUUUGACAUAAAAAAUAUGCAGAACCAAAUCAAGAAUACCACAAAAUUUCCCAUGAAUCAAAAAAAAUAUAAACUUAUAAAAGCACAAAUCGACAGAAUAAAAACAGAAGCGAACAAAACAGAGGCGAAAAAAACAGAGGCGAAAAAAACAGAAGCGAACAAAACAGAAGUGAACAAAAUCGACCAAAAUAAAAACAUAAAGACAGAUUAUUAUAAAAAAAAAAAUAUUUUACUCCAAAAUAAUUUUAAAAAAGGCGAAGAAAAUAUUAAGAGAAAGCUUAUAGAACCAAGGAGACACAAAUCAACCAUAUCGACUUAUCACAAAUUAAAUGAUAACAAAAAAGACAAAAUUUUGAAAAAAACAAAAUGCCAAUUUUUAAACAAAAAUGAAAUAAAUGAGAAAAAUAUAAAUCCAAAAAAUUUAAGCAAAAAUUGUUUUAAAUCACAAUAUUUCCAUAUAAAAAACAAAUCUCCAAAUGAAAUUAAAGCAUCUGCAAAAUAUAGUCAGCCUAUUAAUACAUAUGAAAAAAGUGAUUACCCAAACACAAAGCCCUCUUUAUUAAUAAGCAAAAGAAAUUUUUCCAAAAAACAAAAAAUAAAUAAUGGGAUAUCAAAUGAAAUAAUCAAACAAGAAAAUAUUAUAUCGAAUAUAUUAGAAGUAAUUACCAUAUCUGAUCGAAAUAAUAACAAUCAAAAUUGUCCUAAUUUAGAUAAAGGGAUAAAAAUAAAUAAUGAUUGCAAUAAAAAUGAAAAUAGACAAAAAGGAAAAUACUUCGAACAAGUUCUUAACGAAAUUAAAGACAAAGUAAUAAAUAAAGAAAUACAAAAAAAAAUAGAAAAAAACAAAAUAAUAAUCGAAAAAAACAAAAUAAUAAUAGAAAAAAACAAAAUAACAAUCGAAAAAAAAUACUUCACUAUCUUAAGAAAUAAUAGUGAUAAUAAUAAUAAACAAAGGAAUGUUGAGAAAAUACAAAAAGAAAAAAAUAAAACAAAUUUUAACACAUUCAUUACGUUAACACCUCAAACGAAACCAACUAAAUUAUUUAAUAAAAAAAUAAGCACAAUUAAAAAUGAAUAUAUAGAACAAAUGCCUAUAUUGCAUAUAACCAAACAAAAUACAAAUAAAAAAAUUAAUAAUUUACUAAAACCUAGUUUAAACAAAAUAAAAUUAUCAAAUUUCAUGUUUAACCCACUAAAUAAAAAUAUAGUAAUAUAUAGACAAGAGUAUUAUAUAACCAUAACAAUUCAUUAUUGCACCAUAUCACGAUAUAUAGAAAAUAAAAUAACAAUAUUUAAAUUGCUUACCAACAAAAUUAUCAAGAAAAUGGAUAAAACAGAAGAUAAAAUUGUUCAUAUAUAUGGAAUACUUAACAAAAUGAAACAAAUAAGUCUAUAUAACAAAAUAAACAAAUCAAAAAAAAAAAGUUUUAUCAUAGAUGGAACAUUUAAAGAUAACGAAAACAAGACAUGCAGAAAAUCGCAAAUAGAAAAUAUUCAACUUAAAGGGAUAAAUAAAAUAGACAAAAAAAAUAAAGACAAUAAAAAUAGUUCACCUAUUCUAGACAUUUAUAAAAGGAAAUGUAUUAACAGAAAUGCAAAAAUUAUCUUUUAUUUUUCGAAAAAUCAAAAAUAUGAGAAACUUCUUCAAUUUAAAUCACAAAAUAAAAAUCAAAUAAAUAAAAACGCAAUAAUUACAACAAAUGCAAAUAUAAUAUAUACCUUUAAAGUAACAAUUCUGUUCGCUGAAAUUUUUAGAAUAUAUAUGUAUACUAUUUUAUUCGUUAAAAAUAUAUCAGACACAUCAAGAUAUAUAAAUAACAAAAUAUAUGUACUAAAAAAAAACAAAAAAUUGGGAUGGAAUACUAAAAAAGAGGUAACACCACUUAUCAAUAAUGAAAUCAAAAAUAAAAUAACUUUUAUAAACAAAAUUAAUAAUAACCCAAAACUUCUAAAAAUCGACAACAAUUUUGGCGAAAAAAACGAAAAUAAAAAUAAUAUAUUAUCAUUAAAAUGUCUUCCAAACAAUUAUACGAAAGACGAUGAAAUUAUAACCCUGAUAAAAGACGUAGAAAAGGAAAACCCCAAAAUAAAAAUGAUACAAAAUAUUUCUAAAAAAGUAGAUAAAAUAAAACCAACAGAAAAUCAACAUAACGAUAUAGAAAAAGAAAUACUAGCCAUAAAACAUUUGAUUAAAGAAGUAUUAGACGAAAUUAAAAAUGGAAUUACAAAAGAUUCAAAUAUAGAAAAAAAAAAAAAACAUGUAAAAAGUAAGAACAAAUUGUUAUAUAGAAAAGAAUUUGUCAAAAAUAUUUUAAACAAAAAUAAAAAAUUUAUAAAAUCAAAAUUAAUAAACGAAAAAAAUAAACCUAUAGAAAUAUUCCAAAAAAUUAAAAAAUUAAACAAAAUAUACAAAAAAAAACCAAAAACAUAUCCUCUAUUAAAAAAUAUGGUAGAAGAAACCUCAAUAGAAAUUGUUCAAAAUACUGAAAAAGACAAUUUUGCGAUAGAAAAAUUUGAAGAUUCUAUAUGCAUUAAUAAUAGGGAUUUAUUAGCUGAUAAUACUUUAGAUGAUCAAACAGAAGAAAAUAAAUAUACAAUUCAAAUUGAUACAUCAAAUGAUAUAUUAACUAUAAAAGAUAAGGAAAAUAAGGAAAAUAAGGAAAGCACAUGUAUAAUAGUAAAAGAUGACGAAACCAAUAUAACUCACUAUAACACACCACCAAUAAAAAAUUGUGAAGAAAUAAAAAAAGAAAUAAACAAACUUAUUGAUAUGAUAAAUGAAUUAAAAAAGGAAUAUAUGAAUGAAAUGUUAAAUGAAGGAUUUGAUCAAAAUAUAAAAGAGGAUAUUAUAAUUAUUGAACAAUUAGAAAAUAUUAACCUCGAAAAUAAAAAUGAAAUAAUCGCUAAAAAGAUCGAACAUGAGAUCGAAAAAAUAGAAGAAGAGAGCCAAAAUCCUGCUAAAAUAUUGACACUAAAAAAUUCACAAUUAGACAAUUUAAAAGAAAAAGAAAAUUCACAAAUUUGUGAUGAAGCAAACUAUGAAAUUAUGAUGAUAGAAAACCUUAAAGUGAAUCAGGAAGAAAUUAAGAUAAUUCCAAAUAACCAUUGUAGUAAUGAAGAUAAUGAACGAAUUUCAAAAAAAAUACCCAAGACAAAAUUCCAAAAAAAAAAGAAAAAAAGUAUUAAAAAUAUGAAAAUCAAAUUUAAAAUACUGGAUACUAUACAUGAAGAAACUUCCACAAACUUUGAUAUAAAAAAAAAUAACACAGAAAAUAUUAAACAAAUUGUAAAGGAUAUAUUAAAUGUAGAAACGAUUAAAAAUAUUUUAAAGGAAACCAAAGAUCACUAUUUUGGAGAAAACAAAAAUCACACAAUGACAAAUGAUCAAGUACUAACUAUUGAAAAUAAAAAUGUGGUGAAUUAUGCAGAAAUGCAGGAAGAUUGUCUAAAAGAUAAAUCAACAAGCAAUCUAGAUUGCGAAAAUAACGAGCAAGUAUAUAUAUCAAGUGCUAGUAUAAUAAAACAAGAAUAUAAAAACAUAAAUGACACAAAAGAUGAAACAAAAGAUGACACAAAAGAUGAAACAAAAGAUGACACAAAAGAUGAUACAAAAAAUGACACAAAAAAUGACACAAAAAAUGACACAAAAAAUGACACAAAAAAUGACACAAAAGAUGAUACAAAAAAUGACACAAAAGAUGAUACAAAAAAUGAUACAAAAAAUGAAAUGACAGAAACAAUGAAAAAACUUCUAAGCAGAAAACGUGUAACCCUCAAUGAAAGUUUAGCCCAAAAAAGACAAAUUUUCAAUACCCAAAAAGAUGCAAAUAAACGUUUAACUGAUGAUUUUUUAUUUUCUUGUUCAUAA